AUGACAAAAACGAAGGUAAAAGACGGGGCUAAAUACUGUCACUUACACAAUCCUUCAACUUCUCCUACAAAAUCAAAACCAUCUCCUGGCAAACCCAUAAAUCCCGUGGGCUACAUCUACGUCUACACAUACGAAGAACUUUACAACAGUCGUAUUUCUUCAAAAACUCAACCCACAUGGUUGGGGGUACAAACGUUAGAAAACCAUUCACAAACCACACAAGUACCAGAUGCCCAAAUCUUGGUCAAACUUGGUGUCACCACACAAACAAAAGUAGAAACCCGUUUACAUCAAUGGGAAAGACAAUGUGGCAAACCAAUCGUUAACUUGACACCUACAAAAGUACAAGAGCUAUUAGAUUGCUAUACAACUACUACUUCUAAUUCAACCACAAAACAAUCGAAGCAAAAAUCAAAUUCCUUAACCCAAAUGCUCCGGCGUCUAACCCUAAACCCAUCGACCCGUAACCCUGGAAAACCCAACCGGAUUUCUACGGGUAAAAAUUUACCCGCCGAACUCCAAAAACGACCCGCCAGCCUUAAAAAAUUACGGAAUUUUUCUACUACGGGUGGCGGGUUUUUCACUGACGGGACAGGUCCCGCGGGUCCCGUUCAAGAAGUAGAAAGAAAACUCCAUAAUGAGCUAUGGUCACUAUAUGGCCGUGGAGUGGUCCGCGGGUGCGGUUGUGGGUGUGAACAUACUGAAUGGUUUUUCGUACCCGUGGCAGAAUUGCCGCGGGUUCUAGUAUUAGCAGAUUCCGUAACGGGACGUGCCUGA